UUUGCUUUAUAAGGUGUGUCUUCUUCCCAAGACUGCCAGCCGCUCUUUCCUCUCCCUCCCAUUGUACAAAUAAUUCAGCCACCAGCAAGGAACUAGAGAAGAAAUGGCUAGUGAGAUAGUUCUGCUGGCUGCAGUCUCUGUUCUCUCUAUCUGCCAGCAAAUUUUCUUUGCUUGGCAGGUGGGAAAAGCAAGGAAGAAGUACAAAAUCUCACCCCCCGCGGUCAUUGGAUCACCAGCCUUUGAGAGGGUAUUUCGUGCACAACAAAACUGUCUGGAGUUUUACCCUAUAUUCCUGGUCACCUUUUGGAUGGCUGGAUGGUUCUUCAACCAAGUCUUAGCUGUCCUUUUGGGUCUGGCAUAUAUGUAUGCUCGCCAUAAAUACUUCCUUGGAUAUUCAGAGUCAGCUAAAGAAAGGUUAACAGGCUUUCAGAUGAGCCUGGGAGUUUUGGCUCUGCUGGUCAUCCAGGCUAUAGUAGGAAUUGCCAACGACUUUUUGGAUGAAUACAUGGACUUGAAUAUUUUCAAGAAAUUACAUCAAUGGUUCUAGACAUUUUUCUCUUUUAAUAAUCACAAGUUUUUUUUUUUACUCAGGAAAUAGACCAAAACAUAUGAAAUGAAAAUUCCCAUGUUUGAAUUGAAUUAGAGAAAUUCUUCAGCCCAACUCUGAGACCCAGAGAGUUUUCUCUACUUACUCUAUUUUUUCUUUUCUCAAGAUGAUGGGAAAAAUCCUCCCUUUUCAGAACUUAUUACUUGCUUAGUUUUUUAUGCACUAUUAUUCUUUUUGUGUAUGAUGGAGCUAAAAAUCUUGAAAACAAUUACCUUGUUUUUGAUUUGUUUUUUUAAAGAAAUUGUUGCUGAAGGACAAUGUAUUUGCAUUGAGGAGAAUCAUAUAAAUAACUUGGCUAAUUACU